UAAUUGACCCAAUGGAUCUAAGGUCCAUAUUGAAAGGCAAAGAAACAAGAGAAACACACAGAAGAAACUCAGAUUGUCAUUUGCUAUUUUCAACAUAUUUUAAAAGAUAAUGUUGUAUUCUGCUGCAUUUUAGGAACGUGGAUCAGGUGUUUUCUUGUCAUUUAUGAUCCUUUGCUUGUUGAGCUUGGCAGUUAUCCAGAUUGGAAGCAAAUUAACGGAAUAUCCUCCAGGCAUUGACAAAGCUUGGAACGAACAUCAUGGCACAACUUGUGGUGAUCCUUGCAGGUUUGUUCUUGUAGAGACUGUCCCUGAUGGGUUGGUCUAUGCGGAAAAUGCCACAGGAUAUCAAUCGAUAUACAACUCCUGGAUGGACCUGAUUAAAAUGGCCAACCACAGCCUGGACAUUGCUGCAUUCUAUUGGACUCUUACUGGAAGUGAUGUAAAUGUGACUGAUCCUACUUCUAAAUAUGGUGAAAUGAUCCUUGAAGAACUGGGGAAAUUGCCAUCGAAGAGAGUCAAUGUGCGUGUUGCAUCAAGUAUGAAGAAAUUCCCACAUCAAUAUUCCACCGACCUUGAAAUCCUGAAAGAGAAAGGAAUUCAAAUCAGGAAAGUGAAUUUUCAAAAAAUAGCGAGUGGUGUGCUUCAUUCAAAAUUCUGGAUUGUGGACAACAAACAUAUUUAUAUUGGAAGUGCUAAUAUGGAUUGGAGAGCAUUAACUCAGGUGAAGGAAUUGGGAGCUGUGAUAUACAACUGCAGCUGCCUUGCCAAUGAUUUUGCCAAAAUAUUUGAAGCUUAUUGGAGUCUUGGACUGCCAAAUGCCACCAUUCCCACACCGUGGCCAUCUUCUUAUUCCACAAAGUUUAAUAAAGAAACACCUCUUGAUGUUAAACUGAAUGGAACUGCUGCAAAGGUGUACUUCUCAAGUUCUCCUCCAAGGAUGUGUGCUAAUGGCCGGACGGCCGACCUUGAUGCUAUUCUCAGUGGCAUAAAUGCUGCCAGACUGUUUAUCUUUAUUUCUGUCAUGGAAUAUUUUCCAACAUCACGUUUUCUAAAGCAUAUACUAUAUUGGCCGCUUAUUGAUGACUCACUGAGGAAAGCAGCCAUCGAGCGCUGUGUUCACAUCCAACUUUUGGUCGGUUACUGGAAGCAUUCAGAUAAAUCCAUGCUGGCCUAUCUUCAGUCACUGCAGGCUCUAAGAGACAUCAAGAAAGUCAAUUUUGACGUGAAGCUCUUCAUUGUUCCAACGGGGAACUUUAGCAACAUUCCUUUUGCAAGACUGAGUCACGGCAAAUACUUUGUAACAGAAAAUAUUGCAUAUAUAGGUACUUCAAAUUGGUCUUUUGACUAUUUCAAUUCUACAACUGGCGUGAGCUUGCUGAUAAAUCAGACUUCAGAAGAUAAGGAAGAGGCUGAUAAUACAGUUCACCUUCAGCUAAAAAAUCUGUUUCAAAGAGACUGGAAUUCCAACUAUUCCAUAACGCUGGACGACUUGAAAGAUUAGUUGAUUUUUGUGUAAAAUUAAUGGUUAAAAUGAUUCAUUGUAGGUACCUUCAGGGUGAAAGACUAACAGGAUAUUUUGAACUCAUACUGCCUCUGUCUCCCAUGCUCCUCUUAAACACAAAGGGUUAAGAGUGCCACAGCAGUAGAGUACAACGCCGGACACCCGGGUUUGAUCCUGACUAUGGGUGCUGUCUGUACGUAGUCUGUACGUUCUUCCUGUGACUGUGUGGGCUUUCUCCAGGUUCUCUGGUUUCCUCCCACAUUCCAAAGACGUGCAGGUUUGUUGGUUAAUUGGCUUCUGUAAAUUGUCCCUAGGGUGUAAGAUAGAACUAGUGAUCAUUGGCCGGCUCGGACUUAGUGGGCUGAAGAGCCUGUUUCCACACUGCAUCUCAAAACUAAACUUAAAUAGUUGGAGGAAUGUGUGAGGCAGGGUCUCCCUACAAUGAAGACUAGUGCAGGAGACAGAGGCCACCUGAGUAAU